GAUAAGGUGAUGAAAAGAGCAUGAAAAGGAGUGGCACGUGUGAGCCACCACAUUAGCACGUGCCAAGUUAUUUAAUUCCACGUAAGUCCUUCAGAUCCCCAUCCUCAAGACAGAGAGGGAAGCUUGGUCAUUGGAGAAGAAAGAAGAGCAAAGAGAGCAAAGGUGGUUUCAACUUUGCCUUUGGAUUUGUUCUCAGCUUCAAGAAUCAUGGGAGAGGAAGAGAAACCCAAGGCUGAGGAGCCAAAGAAGGAAGAAGAGAAGCCAAAGGCAGAGGAAACAAAGAAGGAAGCUAGCAAUGGGGCUGAGGCAAAGCCUGAUGAGGCGGCAACGGAGGCGGCGCCGCCGCCUCCCCCGGAGGAGAUAGUGAUGCGUGUGUUCAUGCAUUGUGAGGGCUGUGCUCGCAAAGUCAGGCGUUGCUUGAAAGGCUUUGAUGGUGUGGAGGAAGUGAAGACUGAUUGUAAGAGUCACAAGGUGGUUGUGAAGGGGAAAAAAGCAGCUGAGGAUCCAUUGAAGGUUGUUGAGAGAGUUCAGAAGAAGAGCGGGAGAAAAGUUGAGCUCUUGACUCCAUUGCCACCUCCCAAGCCUGAGAAGAAAGAAGAAGAGAAGAAAGAGGAGGAGACUCCUAAGACUGAAGAGAAAAAAGAAGAGCCUGUGGUGAUUGCUGUGGUGCUGAAAGUGUUCAUGCAUUGUGAGGCGUGUGCACAGGAGAUCAAGAAGAGGAUCCUCAAGAUGAAAGGUGUCCAAUCCGCAGAGCCAGACCUGAAGAGCUCCCAAGUGACAGUGAAGGGCGUCUUCGAUCCCCAAAAGCUCAUCGAAUACGUCUACAAACGCACCGGGAAACACACAGUAAUCAUCAAGCAAGAUCCCGCCGAGAAGCCGCCGGAAGCCAACCCCAAAGACGAGAAGAAAUCCGACAACGCCGACUCUAAAGACACCGCAGAGAAGAAGGACGACGCUGCCGCCGCAAAGGCUGCUGAAGACAAGGCCAAGGAUGAAUCCGGCGCCGCCGCCGCCGCCGCCGCCGCUGGUGAGGAAACGAAGGUCGUGGAGCUAAAGAGGAACGAGUUCUUGUAUUACUAUCCAAGAUACUACCCUGUUGAGCACGCAUAUCCACCGCAGAUCUUCAGCGACGAGAAUCCAAAUGCGUGCGUUGUCAUGUGAUGAUGAAAAUAUAUGGAUUUGUGCGACAAGGCCCCUGGAAGAAUGUGAAAUUAGGAAUAAGUACUUAGUUUUGAAAGGAAAUUUGUGGGAUUUCCUUUUUUUCUUUUAUUUUAUUUUUUUUAUUUUUAAGUUGUAUUUCUGUAUCUCUUUCUUCUUUGUAAGUAUUUGGAUGUUUACAUAAACCUACCGAGAAAUAUGUAUAAUUUUGAGUUUAAGAGCUUUA